ACGGUCUCCUCCGGGAUGGUCAGCAGGCAGGGACAGGCGGUGGCGGCCACGGCAACAUCAGGGACCCCCAUGCAGAGCCACGCGCCCACUGCUGCCCUCCCACCCUCCUCUGCAGGAAAAAGGCGGUGGGAUGCCACCUGUCAGCGCAGGGAGCCAGGACCAGGGCCAUCCAAACGUGCUGCUCGGUCACGCCCAGGUGCUUUUGGUAACUCUCUGCUUUGCACUGAAACGUCCUGGGGGAAUCCAGAACAGCGUUACUUAACCACAAACCCAUCCGCUUUCUCUCUGGCAGGCAUUUCCACCUCAGUUCCUGGGGACAGCAGAGCCUUCCCCAGCACUUCCACGCUGGUCUCUCCUGGGAAGGGGACUGCAGCCCAGGGGAGGUCAGGGACAGCUCAUGCCAGACAGCAGCCAGUUCAGUACGACAGCGAACUCCAUCCAAAGAAAGCCUCGACACUGCAGCCCGGCAAGGAAGCCUGUUUCCUGGAGCAGCUGCACAAACACCAAGCCAUGGUGCUGCACCCUGACUACCGGACCCCAUUCCGCUCCUUGGACGACGCCGUGCAGCGGCUCCUGCCCUACCACAUCUAUCAGGGAACGCUGCCCUCCGACGAAGAGUGCAGGAAGGUGGACGAGGAGUUUGAGGUGGUGUCUGCCCAGCUGCUAAAGCGCUCCCAAGCCAUGCUGAACAAGUACCGCCUGCUGCUCCUGGAGGAAUCCCAGAGAGUCAGUCCUUCUGCGGAGAUGGUGAUGAUCCACCGCAUGUUUGUUCAGGAGGAAAGGAUCAGGCUAGCGCUCGACAAGCAGUCGGUCAAGGAGAAAUCAGGUGGGAGAGUGGCUAUUGCCUUUGUUUCUCUGCUUUUUACUACCCUGCGCUUGGGGUUUCAGGUUUUCCACCUCCUCAGAGUCUGAGCGUGAGCUCUCCCUUCCCUGGGGUGCUUCAGCUGGGAUGCUGUCAGCCUGUUCUGUGGCGGAUCCAGUGGAAAAGCUGGGAGAAACCACAGGGAGCAUUACCUGCAGCAGCCUGUGCUCUUCCCACUCCUCUGCAUUAAAGAUCUCAGUGGCCAAGGUCUUAUUGAAUGCAAAGCGCAUGCAGCACUCAGGCUGCCGGCAAAUCCCUGUUUAUUCUUGGCUGCUCCAGAGGUUCUUUAGGAAGGCUUUGAGCUCACUUGCUGCCUCUUUUGCCCAAGCAGGAUCAUUCAGGACGAACACUGUGAGAAGUGGAAAUUCCCACUGGGAAGA